AUGUCUGUCCAAAAUGACUUGUACAACCUACUAGCUUUGGAUGAAGAAAAUACUAGAGUAGUUGCUAAACUUCCUGAUAGACCUAAUGUAUUUAUACAUGUUGAACAGCAACCCUGUAGUCAAAACCAUGAAAUACAAUUGCAGUGGAUAAUCAAUAUGGUGUCUGAAUUACAGUCAACAACUCCUAAGACAAUUGUGUAUUGUCAAAAUCUCAGACAAUGUGAAACUCUGUAUAUAUGGCUUAUGGAAGAACUAGAAAGUUUAGCAUACUUAAAUGGUGUGGUUAACAUAAAAAACCGAAUGAUAGAAAUGUAUCAUAGCAGAACAGAUGAAAGUAGUAUGCACAGAAUACUAAGUGACUUUAAAAAUUCUGAAAGCACAAUAAAAAUAAUCUUUGCUACAGUAGCUUUUGGGUUAGGGAUUGAUAUACCAAACAUCAGUAUUGUUGUCUGUUGGGGUGUCUCAUCUUCAGCUAUGACAUUUUGGCAAGAACUAGGCCGGUGCGCUAGGAAUGGAUCUGAUGGUUAUACCUAUACUUAUCCUUAUGCAAGAAGUUUGUCACUAUGCUCUGACAAAAAAAUGAAAGACCUAAUUAAAGAAAAGGGAUGCCUUCGCAAUCAUAUUUUGAGCCUUUUUAUCUUGGAUGGCAUGGAUGAAGACCUCCCAACAUCUUCUGCAUGUGAUGUGAAUGAAUGUGAUGUAUGUAAAUGUCAGAUGUGUAGAUGCUGUAGUAACUGCAAAAUGAAAUGCUGUUGUAAAGGAAAAGAUUUAGUUAAUCACUUAACAAAAUACCACACAACAUCUUAA